UACAAUUUGCAGCUUGUUGCAUGGAGGCCUACACAUGUUGUCAACCCUGUUAAAAUCUAAAGGUUAUUUUCAGCUGUCCAAAAUUAUUUUUGUUUACAUUGAAAAAGUUUAUAAAUAAUAAACAGAUAUUUCGAUUAAUUAUUAUAAAUCAUGGUAAAGCUCAUUUGUUAUUUGUGUAGUAAGACUGCAACUAAACAUAAAGAAUUAUCAUUUCAUAAAUUUCCAAAAGAUUCUGGCUUAUGUUUAAGAUGGAAACAAGCGUGUGGGAUCAAUGCCCUAACUGAUGUGUUUAGCUUUCGUAUUUGUUCUACUCAUUUUCAUGAAGAUAUUAAACUGAAGGUUCUUGGUAAUAAACAGAAGCCAAUUACAAAGCUAGCCAGUGGAUCAGUACCCUCAAUUUCUGUUCCAUUUCCACCACAAUUAUCUUGUAUAAAUCAGCAAAAAUGUGCAUCGCCAGUGUUAACUGUAUCUGACAAUGUUCAGUGCUCACUUGAUGCAUCAAUAAAUACUGAUAAUAUCGACAUGACAAAUAAGGAACCACUAGUAGAUUCAAAUGGUAACUUUAGUCAAUCUAGCCAAGAAAAAUUAGUGCCAGUGUCAACAACAAGUUGUGAUGUUGAUAUAUCUUACACUACACCAGAUUCUGAAAGUGAUGAAAGUCAAGAAGAAUAUACAAACCAUGAUAAUCCCGAUGAAAAUCCUGUUCCUCCAAAAAAACGUAGACGCUUUGAACCUUUAUAUAUCAAGGAAGUUGAAUUGACAGAUUUUGGCACUCCCAGAAGAGGCAAUCGAACAUUAAAGCUGAUAAAAACUCAAGCAGAGGAGUCUGCAAAGAAAUUUCGUUUACUUUCAAAACAAAACAAAUACUACAAAGAAAAAAUACAAAGUUUACGAGAGACGAUAAAACAGCUAACAAGCAAGGAUUUGAUUCCUAGACAAUAAGAAUUAUUAAUGAUGAUAAAGUAUGAUUCUUCGUCCAAUUAAAUGUAAUAAAGAUAGAAGAUAGUCCAUUUACUUGCUGGACAGUAUUUUUAUAUUAAUAUUUGAUUUAUUCUUAUAUUAAUUGCCACACAAUGAAUGUGAUAUAAUAUAUCAUUUAUAAUAAAUAUAUGAUGCAUAUGAUAU